AUGCUGCUGAUAAGACAUCGCUCGCUGGCUGAGACUGCCAAGAUCAUUCAUCAGAGAAGUUUCACGUCCCUGGUGGAGAAGGUCCCAUUGGCCCCCGCUGAUAAGAUCCUGGGGCUCACUGCAUUCUACAACAGGGAUCCUAACCCCAAAAAGAUAAAUCUGACCGUCGGGGUAUACCAGGACGCUUGGGGCAAAGUGACCACGUUCCCCUCCGUAGCUAAAUCACAGAAAUUAAUAGACAAUGACUUACUGCUAAACAAGAAUCUGUCCUAUCUGCCCAUUACAGGAUGCAAAGAUUUCGAAACCAACGUUAUGAAUUUCCUAUUUAAGGAAUCCAUGCAUCAUCCGGAGUUGAUUGAACAAGAUAGAAUUUCAUUCAUUCAAACUCUAAGUGGGACGGGUGCCGUCGCCAUCGCUGCUAGUUUCUUAUCCACUUUCAUUACAAAUGAAAUCUCGGUGCCCAAUUAUUCAUGGGCUAAUCAUACAAAUAUUUUCACCAAGAAUGGGUUCCCCAGCGUGGAUUAUUACCCAUAUUAUGACCGCAAGACGGGACAAAUUGACUUCCAAAAUUGGAUUAAUCACUUAAAGAACUUACCCUUCUUGGGGAAACCACGUGGUAUCCUCCUGCAUGCAUCCUGUCAUAAUCCUACGGGGUUGGACCCAACAAGACAACAAUGGGAAAAGAUUAUUGAUACUAUUUACGAGUUGAAAAUGAUCCCUGUGAUAGAUAUGGCGUAUCAAGGGUUGGAAACAGGUAAUUUGAUUGAAGAUGCACAUUUAUUACGUCUUUGUCUCAAUACGGACAAGUAUCCACAUUGGAAUAACGGGAUCUUUCUGUGUCAAUCAUUCGCUAAGAACAUGGGAUUGUAUGGUGAACGUGUGGGAUCUCUGAGUAUUGUCCUACCGGAGGCUGAUUCACAACUGAAAGAGAGGGUUAAUUCACAAUUGAAGAGAAUUGUCAGAGGUAUAUACUCAUCACCGCCUGGUUAUGGAUCCAGGAUAGCUAACGUAUUAUUAUCCACUCCAAAUUUAAAGAAGCAAUGGUUUAAAGAUGUUAAAUCCAUGGUGGAAAGAUUACAAAGUGUAAGGUUGGCCAUGUUUGAAAGAUUAAAUUGGCCAGAUCUAAUUAAUAAAGAGAGUAAUCAUGGGAUGUUUUAUUUCACUAGAUUUAGUGAGGGUCAAGUCAAUGAAUUGAGAACAAAAUACGGCAUUUAUUUGACAUUGGACGGGAGAUUGUCCCUAAGUGGUGUCAAUAACUAUAAUGUAGAUUACCUUUGUGAAGCUCUGCAAAAUGUCUCUAAAUUGGCAAGAGCAUAA